AUGAGCUCCUCAAACGACUUCUACCCAGCACCAGUAUAUCGCUUGGAUAAGCAGCAGGACGAGCCAGCCCAAACCCUGGACGCCCUCCUCAAGAAGAACCAUCUAGCCCACGCUGUUCUUCGUAACCCGAGAUUGCUUUUCCACAAUCAUAUACCUCAUGCUCUAGGAUCCUCCUAUCUUCUAGGAGCAAGCACUGCCAAAUUGCAGGAGAUCUACCAUGCAGAAGAGCCUAACCUUCUUGCCGUCGAUGCUGAGGUAGUGAGGUAUACUAUCGUGGCUGAGAACUGGCGGGACCACCUUGGUGAUAAGAAAUAUACGGCCGCAUAUGUUGAUUACUUCGACGAUCAGAUAGAAAGAAAUGGUGGAGACUGGAACAAAGUCGUCCUUGAUCAUCUUUUCUCUGGAAAGGAGCCAUUGGUUAAUGGGUUCUGUGGCGGACUCGGCCAUCCAUAUAUUCACCUUGCUUAUGGGUAUGAGUUCAACAGCAAGGAGGUCAUCUCAGAGGCUUUAAGCCUCGGAUGUACCGAGUAUGAUCCCGCGCACAAGUUUCUGGACGAUGCGUUUCCAGACAAUUCAACAUACAAGACAGCAAGCCUGGAGGAGAUGCUUAUCAACAUCCACAACGACAAACGCUUUGAUAACUACUCUGAUGAUCCAGGAUUCGCCAACGUCUUCACUUUACUCAGUAAGUAUGAGUCGGAACUGUUGGAGCAUUGGAACGCUUUGGUGGUCGAGAACACAACCAUUCAGUUUAAGGACUGGCUGAAGACUUCUGCGAUCCUCUCUCUAAGCACUGUGGAUGAGGAGGGGAACUUUGACUUUUUCUUGGCCCAUGUCUUAACCGUCGGUCACGCUCUUCGUAUCCUGCUUCCAAUCAUGCCAGAGGAUAGGAGACUUACCAUGAUGAAGCAAUUUGGGUUGUUCACUACCAUUACGUAUCUCAUGCAGCUGCGCCCGAGCUUUGGGGUCGAGAAGAUGAGGCCCUUGAACUCGGACAAUAGCAGCUGGGAAUCUAUCUCCAAGAGGGCCUUGGAAAGCAAGUGGAGCACCGACAUGCAUUGGGCAAAGGUGAUUCGCGCUUUGAAAAUGGUUGAGGAAAUUAGAGGGUCUGAAGAUGGUUUAUAUCAGCAAGCGGCGGCCAAGUUCUUAACCGAAUUUAACGGUUGGACUGGCUUUGGGCUUGGCAGUGAUGCAAUUGUCUAA